GUGCCGUGUCCUACACCAUCCUCUACAACCUGCUGGAUUUCCCUGCCGGUGUCCUGCCUGUUACCACAGUUACCAGUGAGGACGAGGAGGCUUUGAAGAAGUACGAGGGACAUUACAAGGACCCCUGGGACAAGCUCCUGAAGAAGGCUGUGGCAGACAGUGUGGGCCUCCCCGUGGCCGUCCAAUGUGUGGCCCUUCCCUGGCAGGAGGAGCAGUGUCUGCGUCUGAUGAAGGAAGUGGAGACCCUAACAAAACGGGAAAAACCAGAUAAUCCAGGAUGUCCGCACAAAUAAUUGUUUUACCAUGAGAAUAAAGAACUGUAAAAAGAAAAA